AUGAUGGCCUGCCAUGGCGGGGCCAGUUCGAGCGUCUGCAAGUCGAUGGGCGUCACGAUCCCCCUCGUGUGCUCGAAAAACGACAGCGCCGCCUGCACGUCGGACCGCCUCGUGCUGCAAGCAGUCCUCCUGCUACGCGGGGGGGUUCAUGCCGAUGACCAAGUGCGACUCGGACCGCGGCGACACCAGCUGCAGCUCGAUGAUGGGACCGACGGGGCUACUGCGUGUGCGGCGGCGGGCAGAGCUGCGGCUCCAACGGCAAGUGCGGCUCGUCCGGCUCGCGGCUCCUCGACGACGGCGUGCGGCUCUUUGAGGAGCUGGACGGCCACGACGGCGGCCGCGUCCCGCCGGAGGACCGACCACACGGCGGGGCUGAUGACGUACGGGCUCCUCGCGGCCGCCACGGCGGGGAUCGGCGUGAGGUGGGCCCUCGGGGGGCAGCUUCCCAGGGCGCGGACGCGGUCGGCAGGCCUCCUGGAGUCCAGCCCUGGCGAGGGCCCGGAGCUGCAGGGCCGCGGCUCCCCGGAGGAGUGA